AUGUGCGCCACAUCAGCCUGAACCGGAUCGGCUGCAGCCACGACUAUAACUCCCGUGGACGGAUUUACGUCUCCUCCACAUCAGCACACGCCGCGAUAUUGAACACGCAGCACGGAGACAUUCGAAGUCCGCUGCCAAUCAAUAGGCAUCAGCAAGGAAGGAGGAGAGCAGCGUGGAAGUGUGUCACGCCUCCUCUCGCAUCUUCCCGCGGCUGCCAAAAGUGUCUGCAAGUGGCGAGGAAGGAGGAAUGAGGAGGCAAACUGCAUGGAGGGCGGACGUGGGGCACUUACACGCAUCCAGACUGUGUGUAAUUUGAGCUUUUUUCUCACCUGCGCCCACUUUUUUAUUUAUUUUUGUCAUUUUUGUUUUGACGCACUCCGUAAAAGAAGCGGCCGUGCAUGUGCCCCGAGCCCCGUGGGUUCCCUGGGAUGGCGUGCAGUGCUUGUUACUACCUGGUCAUCAGCUCCACGCACCUCAGCAAUGGGCACUUCCGGCGCGUCAAGGGGGUCUUCAGGGGGCCACUGUGCACCACAGCAGCGUGUGAUUCACCGGAGCGCGCCGAGCGAGCUUUGGGUUGCUCAGCGGAGGAUCUGAAGUCUCUCUUCUACUGCGAGCUGUGUGACAAGCAGUAUCUGCGACACCAGGAGUUUGACAACCACAUCAACUCCUACGACCACGCGCACAAGCAGAGGCUGAAGGAACUCAAGCAGCGGGAGUUUGCUCGCAACGUAGCCUCAAAGUCAUGGAAGGACCAACGCAAGCAGGAGAAGGCUCUCAGACGCCUGCACCAGCAGGCACGGCUGCAGCAGGAGAGGCAGCGAAUCCAAGGAAGGACAUACGAGCUAAAAAGUGCUGUGAGGCUGGUUAGCCAGCAGCUGCAGCAUCAUAAGCAUCAAGACAGAGGCAUGGAGCACAAAGCCUGCAGCCCAGCGGACAAAUGUGAAGCAUUCAAACACACACAGAGGCCCCCAGCCAAACAAGACAGAACAUCUCUACUGAGCCACCAACGAGUAAAUCCAUGCCGGCCUCCCUCCCAAAUACCGCUGGCCUCUCCAACUGAGUCUCGGCUAAUCACUCAUCCAGAGUCCAAUACAGACCGUCCUGCAGUGAAUCAGCAGCCUCUUGCGGGAUACCAGCUGCCUUUGGAGGGGCGGGGGCGAGCCGGAGGCAGGCGUGGGGUGUCCUUCUGUUUCUCGCGUAGGGGUCCUCGGCUGGAGCCCUCCGCCUCCGUCUUCUCUGACCAGGAAGAGGAGGAGAGAGAGAGGAGGGAGCAAAUGAAACAGCGGAUCAAGGGAAUACUAGAGGAUCUAGACAGGGAAAUUGAUAGUGUUGGACAAAGCAAAAUGGGAGCUAAAGAAGGCACUGAAAUAAGGGACACGGUGAAAGAUAAUCACAGUAAUGAUGGGAGUCAUGCGGAUAAGCAGGAAUUAGGAGUCGGUGAAAGUGUGCACACGUCCGUCUUAAGUAAAGAUGGCGCCACUUGUGUACCAUGGCCUGUCCGUUUACUUAAAUUCACCAAGUCUCAGCCGUGCAUCUCUUACAGCUGCAACCCUAACUGUAUUAAGAGAGCCCAAACCCCGGCAGAAGAAGAACAUGCACAAAAUCUGCAUCAACCGCGUGGUCCGUCGGAUGCAUCAAACUCAUGCGAGUCUGCUAUUCUUACACCUGACACUCACUACUGUUUACAAAAAGAGGAAAGCCUCGCACGCGAAGCGAAAGAAGCUGAGGAGAAUGUCAAAGAAGAAGCACACCUGUUUGUUGAGAAAAAAAAGCUUCCAUCGUCAGGGGAAGGAUCAGAAGGAGCGUCACGCAUGCUAAGUAUAGAGCAUCGUGUGAAGGCUGCCUCCUUUCCAUUUGACCCCACUUGUAGUGACAGCUCUAACACAAAAACUCAGACUCCUCCGGGAGACAGAUUAGUAGGCGCAACAGGGAUCGGGGAGAGAGCCAUCACAGCCCUAAGCUGUAAAUUAGAAUCUGUCACCAAGCUUGACACACACGGGAUAUGCAUCAGACCGUCCAGGUGUGAGAACGAGAGUGAGACCAUGUCGGAGCGUGCCAGCGCACCUCAUCUACACGGGUGUAUCAUACGCAAAAAGAGCAAAAGUCAAAGCAUCAUAAAGAAGCUAGGGAAGAGAAAGGAGGGGGGAAGGGACACAAAUAGGCAACAAUCAGUAAGGUGUAAAGUAAAGAGUGUCGUCUCUGCGGUCUUCAAUGGCAGUGACAGACGAGCGGAGACUAGAGGGGGGUGUGGGGAGGAAAGGGAGGUUUGGUUGGAAAGAGGAAGGGUAUGGAGAGCUGGGAGCAGCUUUCUCCCGGGGAGAUCUGAGGCCGAGCCAGUUUACGUGUCUGUUAGUAAUAGGAGGCCUCACAGGAGCCACAGCUUGGGAUCGCAGCGCCUGGCAAGCGGAGACCAAGGUGAACACCUCCACGUCUCCUCCCAGCUCUCCAGAGGUACGCCUGCCGUGGAGCGGGAGGAUGCUCUGCGGGGAUCUCACUGCUCCUUACACUCUUUCUCCCCAGGAUGCAACUCAAAGCUGUUUUGGGAAUCAGGUCACCAUAGCAACCCCAGGAGUUUCAUUGACUGCAGUUACCCUGACAACAGUUGUGGUAGCAGCCCGGCAAGAAAGAGAAAACUCCUCCACGGGGACAGGAGAUUCAUUCACAGAAACCAAAAUAGUUGGAGACGUUUUGAAGAGACGGACAGGGGAAGGCAAGUUGGUUCUAAAUACAGAGAUUUGUUCUCAGAUACAGAACAGUGGGAGUGUCAUGGGGAGGAGUCUAGAUGGGGAUGGAGAAACAGAGCAUUUGGGUGGGAUUGGGGCAACAGGGCCAGCCCAAGUCCAAGAGGCGGGCACAGGACAGGCAGGAGGUUAAGCACAGAAGACAUGGAUUGGGAUAGGUGGACAUUAGGCAGCUGUGACAGCUGGGAAGACAGGCGGACACGCAGGUCCACCUCAGGCUCCAGGACAGGCCCUGACAGCAGAUGGAGCCCCAGCUGUAAGUGGGGGUCUUCCCGCUCCCACUUUAGGUACUUUUCCAGUCCUGAAUGUUGGACAAGUAGGCGGACAUACAGCCCAGAUAAAAAGUCCAGUCACAGUUCCCGCUCCUGCAGCCCAUGUAGCAGCAUCAACGUCUCUGAGCUUAGCUGGGACUGGAGCAAGAGCAGCACAUGUUCAGAAAUGACUUGUGGGAUGACCCCCGUCUCAUCCCAGUUACCAAAUAAGGCAAGGAUGCACAGUGGCUCCGAAUCUCCCUCCCAAAACUCAGUAUCAGCUCUAAUCCCAGACCCCAACACCCACAACAGUGACAGCAAUAUGUCCCAGUUUGAAGACAAUCAUGGUAGAAAUUCUGUCUCCGUGACCACAGACACAAUCAUCCCAUGCCAAAGUGAUCCCGUACCCCAAAAACCAAUAAAGACUUUGCUUCUCCCCCUCAUUGGGAAACUCCCUGCAAUCCAGAGAAAGGCUCGAAGGAGAAGAGAACAGUUGGAGAGGGGUCAGGAAAAGGAUUGUGAGGACAUGUUAAAUCCAAAAUUGAACGUUGGACAUCCUAUUGUCUUGGCAAGCAGUAUGCCAAAUAUGUGUGCAGAGCAGAUCAGGACUGAAGGCAAGGACACGGGUAGAGAGACCGCUAAGCCAAUCAGCUUUACUGCAGAGGAGAUGGACAAGUAUCGCCUCUUGCAGGAGCAAGCGAGGGAGCACAUGCAGAAAGUUCUGGAACAAAGCGAAGAGAAAGCAGAGGUUCACGUGAACUUGACAUGCACCACCCAGGAGGACGACAGUGGGACUUCAGAGGAAAGGUGCAUACCCGCAUCUUCCCUCAAGCUUCCACAGAAUCAUCAUCACUCGAUACAAACAGGUCCGGUCCUCCAAGAGAGGCUCCUGCACAUGAACCCCCAGGAGGACUUGAUUCAGCAUUUAGCUGUGGGUGUCCCCAACCUUCCCCACCUUGCAUUGACUCCACCUUUAGCAAGCCUCCAUCAUUUUCUUUUGCAACACGCCAACUUCUCAAAUGCAACCUCCCCUUCUGACAUCCACCCAGCUCAGCUCACUCACUCCCUGGGCUUCCCUCAUCACCUUCAGCCUUCUGCCUUCCCGCUCUCUUCACUGUUUCCCUCCAUCCUUCUUGCUCAUCACCCCAUCCCUCUCCUCCCUCCUCUUCCUCCUCCUCCAGCGGCCGCCUUUCCCGCAAACCAUCUCUCCACACUUGUGCCGCAGCCUUUCAUGGACAGAGCAUGGCCACUGAGGUUCCAACAGAAAGCCUUGUGACGUCCACAUUAGACAUUCGUAGCAACGAAGAGCAUGCUUUUGUUAACAGAGCUAUGUUGUCAGAAUCGACACAUGCAGAAAGCCCGCCUGUUGAUGGUUUUCAAUUCAAAAUAUGUUUCAUUCAUUAAUCCCCUGCUGCGCCGUGACACAAAAUGACUUUGAUCAUUUCCUUAUUUGACGAUUCAAGCUCAUAAUAAAGAGAAAGGUGCACCUGCUAUUCAAAGACAAGCUGGGCUCGCGUCCGUUCUUUCUUUGUUCCAGCUGCCUUUUGAAGUGCAACCUCCAUGCCGCCAAUAAAGUGCCGACAACAAUGGAAACAUUGCAACACUCGCCUUUCAUACCAGUAAGCCGAGCCAACUUUCAACCAACAUAAAUAAAUAAAGUCUUCCAACCGGCCGUAAUGACGGCAACAACUACUGGAAACGCGACUCAGCCCGUUCACAUGAGGUAGGGGUCGGGAACCUUUUUGGUCGAGAGAGCCAUGAAAGCCAAAUAUUUCAAAAUAUAUUUCCGUGAGAGCCAUAUCAUAUUUUUUAACACUGAAUACAACUAUAUGAGUGCAUUUUUAAGUAAGACCAACAUUUUUAGAGUAUAAUAAGUCUCUUAUUCUUUUUAAUAACAUUGUUAUUCUGAAGCUAACCAAUAAUGUUGAUCAUGUUUUUGUUUGGCCAUGUGCUGUUUGUCCUUUCUACUCUUUAAGUUCCUGUUUUUUUCCACUCCCUUGUCUAGUUUCCUUGGUUACUCAUUUUGUCCACCUGUCUCUGGUGGACAAAAUGGCCGCCCACCUGCUUCCCGAGCACUAAUCAGAGGCAGUAUUUAAGCUCGUCUUUGCCAGUCAGUCGCCCUGUGCUGACUUGUUUCAUGCCUUGCCAUAGUUUCGUGCUUUAUGCCAUGCCAAGUAAGUUUUGUUUGAUUUAUGUUCAUAGUCUGUUUAUGCGUUAGCUUUGUUCCUUAGCCCAUGUUGUGCCUCCACUGUGAGC